AACUUAUAAUAUAAAUAUACACAACCAUCUCUCUCUUACACAUUUUUUUUCCUCUCAUCCUAUCAUCAUCACUAGUCACGACCACACACCACAGAAAAGGAGAAUAAAUCAUUUUAGAGAGAGAGAGAGAGAGAGAGAGAGAUAAAGGUACACCAGUGGCACACUCGUAAAUAAAAGAAUGUCUAAAGAUUGCGGUAACCACGGUGGUGGCAAAGAAGCAGCCGUCCGGAGACUCUGCGCCGCCGUAAUCGCCUUCAUCCUUAUAGUUCUCAUCACCAUCUUCCUAGUAUGGGUCAUACUCAGGCCAACAAAGCCAAGAUUCGUCCUCCAAGACGCCACCGUCUACGCCUUCAACCUCUCGCAACCAAACCUCCUCACUUCCAACUUCCAAGUCACACUCGCGUCUCGUAACCCUAACUCCAAGAUCGGAAUCUACUACGACCGCCUCCACGUCUACGCCACGUACAGGAACCAGCAGAUCACUCUACGCACGGCGAUCCCUCCGACGUACCAAGGCCACAAAGACGACAACAUCUGGUCGCCUUUCAUCUACGGAACCGCCGUACCCAUCGCCCCGUACAACUCCGUGGCUUUGGGAAACGAGCAAGGCAGUGGAUUCGUACCGUUGGUGAUACGCGCCGACGGGCGCGUGAGGUGGAAAGUGGGAACGUUGAUCACCGGAAAAUAUCAUAUCCAUGUUCGUUGUCAAGCUCCCAUCAAUCUUGGAAACAAAGCCGCUGGUGUUCUUGUCGGUGAUAACGCCGUUAAGUACGCCUUGGCUUAUAAAUGCAGUGUGAACGUUUAGAAAGUUUGACGGCGUUAAGUUGCUUCUUCUUCUUCUCUCUUUUUUUUUUUUUUUUUCUUAUCUAUGAUCAAUCAUUUUCUUGAAAUUUACCAACCAAACUUCGUCCCACCAGCAGGAUAUAUUAUUUCUCUGUUUCUAUAUUAGUACAUCUUUUAAAAGAAAUUUCACUACUUUUGGUUGUUAUUAAGCUUAUUGUUGAUUAAAGAAGAAUUAUUACAAUCACAAAGGUCUGUGGUUGGAUUUAAUUGUAAAUCCACUAAAGUUGAAAUAAAAUGGAUAGAUUUGGUUUGGUUCUUUUGAA